AUGACCAGCUGUACACUUCUCUCUUCUGCUGCCAUUGAAACGCGUGAUAUGCUAACAGGACCCGCAGGUCAGCACGAGGCUUGCGAGCUCCGUGACGGAGACAAGUGCAAGUGGCUUGGAAAGGGUGUCACCAAGGCCGUCGAGAACGUCAACACGAUCAUUGGACCAGCUCUCAUCAAGGAGAACAUCGACGUCAAGGACCAGUCCAAGGUCGACGAGUUCCUGAACAAACUCGAUGGCUCUGCCAACAAGUCCAAGCUUGGUGCCAACGCCAUCCUCGGUGUCAGUUUGGCCAUUGCUAAGGCCGGUGCUGCCGAGAAGGGUGUCCCACUGUACGCUCACGUCUCCGACCUUGCCGGCACCAAGAAGCCAUAUGUCCUUCCAGUGCCCUUCCAGAACGUUCUAAACGGUGGUUCUCACGCUGGUGGCCGUCUUGCUUUCCAGGAGUUCAUGAUCGUCCCAAGUGCCGCCCCAUCCUUCUCUGAAGCCCUCCGCCAGGGUGCUGAGGUCUACCACAAGCUCAAGGCCCUUGCCAAGACCAAGUACGGCCAGUCCGCUGGUAACGUUGGUGACGAGGGUGGUGUUGCUCCCGACAUUCAGACCCCCGAGGAGGCUCUUGACCUCAUCACCGAGGCCAUUGAGCAAGCUGGUUACACUGGCAAGAUCAAGAUCGCCCUUGACGUUGCCUCCAGCGAGUUCUACAAGGCCGACGACAAGAAGUACGACCUUGACUUCAAGAACCCUGAGUCCGACAAGAGCAAGUGGCUCACCUACGAGCAGCUCGCCGACCUCUACAAGUCUCUUGCUGCCAAGUACCCCAUUGUCAGCAUCGAGGAUCCCUUCGCCGAGGACGACUGGGAGGCCUGGAGCUACUUCUUCAAGACCUCUGACUUCCAGAUUGUUGGUGAUGACCUGACUGUCACCAACCCCCUCCGCAUCAAGAAGGCCAUCGAGCUCAAGUCUUGCAACGCCCUCCUGCUCAAGGUCAACCAGAUUGGUACUCUGACCGAGUCCAUCCAGGCCGCCAAGGACUCCUUUAGCGCUGAUUGGGGUGUCAUGGUCUCCCACCGUUCCGGCGAGACCGAGGACGUCACCAUCGCUGACAUCGUCGUCGGCCUGCGCUCCGGCCAGAUCAAGACUGGUGCCCCUGCUCGCUCCGAGCGUCUCGCUAAGCUCAACCAGAUCCUCAGAAUCGAGGAGGAGCUCGGUGACAACGCCGUCUAUGCCGGCGAGAAGUUCCGCACUGCCAUCAACAUCUAA